AGUCCAUAAACCAAACGGUGUUACAAAUCGUUACGUAAUUUUUAGUUUCUCUCUGUCAGACCCCUCCUCUCUCUCUCCCUCUCUCUAAUUUCUAUUCUCUCUACGACUUUGCGGUGGCCCCUAGGUAGUGGGUUUGCUUAUUUCACUUCUCUCUUCGUCUUUGCAACAGUGCUGUGACCUGGGUUCACAGAUUUCUCUUCUCUCUCUUCAUCUUUACGAUGGCGUCGUGGUGGUGGGUUUCGUAGUGGUUAGUGGAUUUUGGUUAGGAUCGGUGGUAAAGGAUUUGGGUUUUGUUGUGGGUUGGCUUUGGAGGUUUGUGGGUUUUAGUUUUGUGGGUUUUGGUUUAGAUCGUUGGUUCUGGGUUUAUCGUGGGGUGGUUGGUGGCAGAUGGUCACACAUUAAUGGGUUUAUGGGUUUUGAUGAUGCUAAUGAGGUUGUUUUGUUGAUGGGUUUGCGGCUUUUGUUGAUGGUCGAUGGUUUUGGGUUUGUGGGUUUUGCAUAUGCCGAUGCCAUUGUUUUGCUGAUGGGUGAGUAAGUUUUGCUGAUGGUAGGUUGACAGUGGUGGGUGGAUUCCAUUCAAGCUUUAUUUUUCCCAUUUGUUUACUAAGAAAGGUUGUAGGUUGUGUUCAAUUUUUUUUCCUUCUAAUCUGAUUCAGAAUUUCAAAGAAAGGGAAGACAGAAAGGUUGUAGGUUGUGUUCUUCAACUUUUUUUUCCUUCUAAUCUGAUUCAGAAUUUCAAAGAAAGGAAAGAGAGAGACUCGGGGUGAGGGAUGAGAGUGAGUGAAAUAUUUAACGGCGUUACAGGCAUAUGGGGUUAGGGAUUAAGAUGAUCAGUUUUUAAAUGUUCUGGACUUGAUUGGUAAUAGGCAAACCUCAGGGUAGAUUUGUGCAAUUUUUCCUAACUAUAAACCCUAUCGGCCUUUAACCCCAAACUCUAAACCCUCAGUCGUUGCCUCGUUUCUGCACUCUCCAGCCAUCUCCCAUGGCUCCAGCUUUCGUUUUCGAAACCUCUAGCGACGAAGAACACGAUGAUUUUCAACCCGAAAACGAAGAAGAACAAGACGAAGAAGCAGAAGCAGAAGCAGAAGCAGAAGAAGCAGAAGACGAAGAUGAAGACGAAGACGAAGACGAAGACGAAGAAGAGCAGCCCUUGAAUAAAAAAACAGAAUCUCCAUGGGACUUUGCUCCCUACUACGAAUCAGUAGCUGAAGAACACGCCCGUAAAAGCACAACCUCCAUCGAUUUCAAAAUCACCAAAGCACUCCAAAAUCGCACCGUUCCUAUCGUCCCCAACGACGAUGGCUCGGAAUCUGACUCCGACAAACAAGAAGAAGAGGAUAGGAUUGAAGAUGAAGAUGAAGAAACCGGUGAUGCCGUCGACGUCAAAUCGUUCUAUGUGCCUUCUGACGGAGCUUCGUUCAGUGCCAAUUCAUUCAUUGAGCUCAAUUUAUCGCGGCCUUUGCUUCGUGCUUGCGAGGCCUUGGGGUACAGUAAGCCCACACCAAUUCAGUCGGCGGUUAUACCGCUAGCAAUGAAUGGGAGUGAUAUAUGUGGGAGUGCCGUUACUGGUUCCGGGAAGACAGCUGCCUUUGCGCUGCCUACUUUGGAGAGAUUACUGUUCCGUCCAAAACGUGUGCCAGCGAUAAGGGUUCUUAUUCUUACCCCAACCAGAGAGUUGGCAGUACAGGUUCACAGUAUGAUAGAGAAACUUGCUCAAUUUACUGACAUCAGAUGUUGCCUUGUUGUUGGUGGGCUUUCGACAAAGGUGCAAGAGGCAGCCUUGAGAUCAAUGCCUGAUAUUGUUGUGGCCACUCCAGGACGCAUGAUAGAUCAUUUACGCAAUUCUAUGUCUGUGGAUUUGGAAGAUCUUGCGGUACUAAUCCUUGAUGAGGCUGAUCGCCUUCUGGAGCUUGGAUUUAGUGCUGAAAUUCGUGAGCUGGUCCGUCUAUGUCCAAAAAGAAGGCAGACCAUGCUUUUUUCAGCUACAAUGACCGAGGAAGUUGACGAGCUUAUCAAGCUUUCUCUGACCAAACCCUCACGCCUCUCAGCGGACCCAUCCAAAACACUGCCACAAACUUUGACUCAGGAGGUGGUUAGGAUACGCCGGAUGCGUGAAGUAAAUCAGGAAGCAGUUCUUCUUGCAUUGUGCUCAAAGACUUUUACUUCCAAAGUUAUCAUCUUCAGCGGAACAAAACAGGCUGCACAUAGGUUGAAGAUUCUAUUUGGAUUAGCUGGCCUUAAAGCUACUGAGCUUCAUGGAAAUCUUACCCAAAUCCAGCGCCUUGAUGCUUUGGAACUUUUCAGAAAGCAGCAAGUCGACUUUUUGAUUGCAACUGAUGUAGCUGCUCGUGGACUUGAUAUCAUAGGUGUUCAAACAGUUAUAAAUUAUGAAUGUCCUCGGGAAUAUAAAAGCUAUAUUCAUCGUGUUGGUCGUACAGCAAGAGCUGGUAGGGAAGGAUAUGCUGUUACAUUUGUUACAGAUAAUGACCGAUCCCUUUUGAAAGACAUUGCUAAGAAAGCUGGUUCCAAGCUGAGAAGUCGAACUGUUGCAGAGCAAUCAAUAACCAAGUGGUCUGAGAUAAUUGAGCAGAUGGAAGAUCAAGUGGCUGAGAUUCUUGAAGAAGAGAGGGAAGAGAGAACCCUAAGAAAAGCUGAAAUGGAAGUAUCAAGGGCAGAAAAUUUGAUUGCACAUAGGGAGGAAAUAUAUUCACGGCCCAAGAAAACCUGGUUUGUUACCGAAAAGGAGAAAAGGCUUGUUGCGAAGGCAUCAAAGUCUUAUUGGCAGGCAUCUGUGGAAAAAGAAACGAAUUCUGGAAAAGCGGUAAUCAGUGCACAAGAAGCUGAAGACCUCAAAAUGAAAGAAAAAAGGAAGCGAGAGCAUGAGAAAAAUUUGCCACGGAAGAAGCGUCGAAAAUUGGAAGCAGCUAGAGAAAUGUUGGAGGAUGAAAAUCAAAUGAAAAAAUUAGAAGGUAAUGAUAAAAACAAGAAUGAAAAGACUGGAUUGUCACUUGUUGAACUGGGUUACCGACGGGCAAAAGCGGUGAAGGCUGUGAAGAAGGCACUAGAUACUGGCAAGAUUGUGAAGAAGAACAACAAGAAAUCUGAACAUCCUAACCAAAGACAACAAUCAAGGACAAGAGAGAUGCAGGAGCUAUUUCAAAGUGACAUGAGUGAGAAAAAGCAGAAAAGAAAUUCUGCUCCAGGCAAGAAAAAGUCCAAACAUUCAUUUAAGAGCAAGUCAAGGUAUAAGCGCAAGUAGAACUAUGAAGUGAAGCUGGCGUCUAAGUUUUCCUUCGACAUCUAACUUUAUGUGAGAGAACAAGCUGUCAACGGGAAUUGUGCAUUUGGUGGACAGUGAUAUAUUUGUCUUUGUAACCCAUUUUAUGGAAGAGUUAGCAGAUUCAAAAAGUAGUUUGUGUCAAAUAUCAUUGCAUUUUUGGGGUUGAGGAUAGGAAAGGGGUCCUGCUGCUUUAGGAAGACAUUGCUACUAUAGCAACUAGCUGAUCCAGUUGGCUCCCCUUCAUUUUUGUGAUAAAUUAUUUCGAUGUGGUGUUGUUGUUCCAUUAGUUAAGCAUUAAAGAAAGAAGGUUGCGUUCCAAACUUCCAAGAGUUUAUUAAUUUCAUCCAUAUCAGAAACUCGUGUUUUA